GGCCCCAGCGUUGCCAUGGCGAUGGCGCGGUUACCAGGGCGACCGCCUCCCGCGGGCCCCGCCAUCCAUCACCCGCGGCGGCUCAGGCGCCCCCGAGCUGGGGGGCGCGUGGGGGGCACAGCCUGCCCCCUCCUGGGGCCGUGGGGCGGGAGGGAGGAAAGGCUCAUGGGGCCUCCUGACCUCGUGCCCUGGCGCCGCCGGAGGGGACAGGCUGCCAGCGGGCACACUGCCGGCCUUGUUGUCGCUGCCCUGCGAGCCACUGAGUCCCUGCGUCUCUGUCCCGCUGGGUCGGGGAUGGGGGACCCCGCGUGGCCGUGUGUGCGGGGUCCUGGGAGCUCGGUGACCCCCCUGCUCUGCUGUCCUCCCCAGGUGGGGCCCUGGAGGCCACCGCGGAGCUGGACGGAUAAAACCCGUGAGCCAGGGGUCCUGGCGGCAGAGGCCACGUCUCAGCAGGAGCGGUUCCAGGCCAUCGCGGAGAAGCGGAAAAGGCAGGCGGAGGUGGAGAGUAAGCGGCGGCAGUUGGAGGACGAGCGGCGGCAGCUGCAGCACCUGAAGUCCAAGGCCCUGCGGGAGCGCUGGCUGCUGGAGGGGACACCAUCCUCCGCGUCGGAGGGGGACGAGGACAUGAGACGGCAGAUGCAGGAGGACGAGCAGAAGGCGCGGCUGCUGGAGGGCUCCAUCUCCAGGCUGGAGAAGGAGAUUGAGGUGCUGGAGAACGGAGACGCCAUCCCCACCACCCCCAAGAAAAACGCAGUCACCCCAAGUCCAGCCCCAGCCCCAGCCCCAAGCCCAGCCAAGGAGGAGCAGAAGGCCCGGGUGGUACUGAAUUCACAGCAGACCCCGGUGGGCACCCCAAAAGCAGAGACGCGCGUCUCUAACACCCCGGUGAGGACACCCGAAGGUGCUACGAGGAUGAAGGCAGCCAUGUACUCGGUGGAGAUCACGGUGGAGAAGGACAGGGCGACUGGGGCAACCCGGGUGCUCUCCAGCACCACCCUGCUCCCCCAGCAGCCGCCCCAGGGCGUCAAGGUCUACGAGGACGAGACCAAAGUGGUCCAUGCCGUGGACGGCGCCCUGGAGAAUGGCAUCCACCCACUGAGUGCCUCCGAGGUGGACGAGCUCAUCCACAAGGCUGACGAGGUCACGCUGGGCGAGGCGGGGGCGGCGGACAGCCGGGGGCCGGCCGGGGAGGCCCCGCGGACCUCACCAUUGCGGCGGGAGAUCACCGGCGUGCAGGCCGAGCCAGGCGAGGCCACGGCGGGCCCCCCCGGUGUCCAGCCCGGCCAGGAGCCCCCCGUCACCAUGACCUUCAUGGGGUACCGGGACGUGGAGGAUGAGGCCGAGACCAAGAAGGUCCUGGGGCUCCAGGACACCAUCACGGCGGAGCUGGUGGUCAUCGAGGACGCGGCCGAGGCCAAGGAGCCGGCACCGCCCAACGGCAGCGCCCCCGAGCCCCCCGCCGCCCCGGGCUCCGAGGAGGAGGCGCAGGCAGGGCCUGAGCCCCCCACCAGCGACCCCCAGGACCUCGACAUGAAGAAACACCGCUGUAAAUGCUGCUCAGUCAUGUGACCCGGCGCGGCCCCCCGCCCCGGCCCCCACCCUCCGUGCACUGACACCCACCGACACCCCACCUUCCACCUGCAGCCCCUCGGGCCCCGGGCCACACGGAGCUACCACGUCCUCCUGGUUUUCCUUGAUUGGAAAGAGAGGGACGGGCUCCCCGCCCCACAGCACCCCGACAGAUGGACAGACCCGCUUUUCCUGAGAUGAGGGACCCCCACGUCACGGCUCCACCCGCCACCCGGGCUGAGAGGAGCGGCCGCCCGGCGGGGACCCCGGCACGGAGGGCCCCGGAGGCCCUGGGAGUGGGGCCUGCGGCGUUCCCUAGCCAAGGCGCUGGCGUCUCCAUCUCGGGGCUCGGGGCGAGGCUGUGCCCCUUUGGGAGCCUCGACUGCAGACCUGGGGCUCAUGGCCUUGGGACGGGGGCCAGGCCCCCUGGGCACCCCCAGCCUGCUGUGCCCGUCCCCCCACACUGCCCUGGGGCCUGGCCAGGGGACGGUGGAGCCCGGGCAUGGGGGCCCCGGUGACAUGCCCCCCCCCCCACUCUGGAGGGGUCUGUGGCCCCUUCCCUGCUUCUGCAAUGGGACGGGCUGGGGGUAUCUGAGGUGCCCGCCGUGAGCCACUUUGUAUCUGAGCUCCCGCCCCCACUGGGCCCUCCUCCCUCCGGGUGCUAACUUGGGGAUCCCAGGGGGCCGCUCCCCUGGCCUCUUCUCCAACCUUUUGGGCCAGGGUCCUGGGUCCCCCACCUGACCACACCCCAGAGACCAGGCCCUGCUGGGCUGGGAGCCUUUCUGAGUAGUGGGUCAUGGGGUGCUUGGCCUGGGAAGGGGGUUCCCCUGGGUCAGAGCAGGGGACCCACCAUUUGCCACCAGGCUGGAGCGAGCCUGCCCCUCUCUCAUGGGGGCAGACGUGCACACGUCCCACUAGUUGCAGCCACACUCGUUGCCAGAGGCGCAUUCAUGCACGUUCUCGCCCAUGCUGGCUCUGGUGGCCAGGCUCCAUCCUGGCCCCUUCCCUGGGGCCCCAGCUUGGUGCCCAGUGCCGAGGCCACCUCUGGGUCCAGGGGCCACCCCCAGCCCAGCAGGGUGGGUAUGGGGGCCUCUCUGACCCGAGCUGGGUCCCGGUCUCAGCUCUGCACCCUCGGUGGCUGGAGGAGAGGCUGACUUGCAGGGGUGACCCUUGCCAGUGGCUGUGGCCCCCUCCUCUCCCUCCCCACGUCUGCCCGAGCCCCUUGAGCUGUGAGCCUCUGCUGAAGUGCCCUUGCCGCCCCCUCUCUGCUUUCCAUGUGUGACGAGGCCCCAAUGAUCUUGAUUUUCCCAGAGAAGCCAAUAAACAGUGUGAACAGCC